CUUAAUGACUGUAAUUAUCUCUACAAAAACAUCCUCACAUUAUCAGCUGUAAAGUUAUAUUCCAUAAUGAUUAUAUUCAGUACUAAGCGAAUCUCCAAAUGGAUGAGCAAGAACAAGACAAAGUAUUGAAAGAAAUCAACAAAAAUAAGAAAUGGUAUCAAAAGAUCUCCGUGGAACCGACAAUAUUUUUGUACAUUUUUGCAUUUUCCUUAACAUCAGUCAUCGAGAAUGUAUUUUAUGUCUAUAAAUCUUGUACAGUUAAUCACAAUUAUUCUCAUGAAAUUUGUAUGGAAAUUGAGAAGCAUGAUGAGAUAAAGACAGCGGUGCAGGCAACAACAGCAAAGUUUCUACAGUACGACUCGAUUGCUGGGCAGAUUAUACCGAUUAUAUUAGCACUGUUUAUUGGAUCAUUUGCGGAUCACAGAGGCAGGAAGCUGCCACUUCUAUUAGGUCUAAUUGGCAAGCUAAUCUACUCAUCAAUGAUUAUUGUCAACAGUCUCAUGCCAAACUGGCCAGUCGAGAACAUAAUCUACACAGCAACUAUUCCAGGUGCCAUAACAGGAGGUGACAUUGCCAUAUUUGCAAGUGCUCUUGCAUACUUAACUGACAUAACAACAGAAGCUGACCGAACUGUAAGGAUAUCAAUCUUAGGUGGUGCAUAUGUAGGAAGUAUACCUGUAGCUGUAUUGACUGGCACUUAUCUUUACAACUUUUACAACAAGUCCUUUACAAAGAUGUUUGUGACGAAUGCGGUGCUUAUUGUGUUGUCUAUACUGUACACUGUCGUCAAAUUGGAUUGGCAAACAACACCAAAGCAAGUCUCUUUAACAACAAUACCAAAAAGUCAAUGGAUAUCCGACUUUUUCGACAAGAAACACUUUAAACAGACAGUCCGAACAGUCACAAAGAAGAGAGACAACAACUACAGACUCUAUAUAAUCCUUAUGAUGGUGUCUGUGGCCCUUUAUGCGAUCCAAAGAAGCGAACAAAAAUAUUUCUUCUUGUUUGCUCAAAACAAGCUGAGUUGGACGACAGAGAUUUACAGCUACUUCAGGACUUUUGAGUCUGCAUCAUAUGUGUUUGGUAUUUUGGUGGCAGUUCCGAUUUUUAGUAAAGUUUUCAAAUGGAAGGACACAGUUAUUGUUGUGAUUGGUGCUUGUGGAAGUAUAAUAGGAAGAUUGUUCUUUGCAUUUGUUGGGACGACAGCUUUGAUGUAUGUUGGAGCUUCUUUUGCUAGUCUUGGUCCAAUCAUCCUGCCAGCACUCAGAUCAAUCUCAUCCAAGCUGGUUCCAUGUGAUGAACGUGGAAUUAUGUUUGCUUUAAUAUCAGCUUGUGAUAAAUCAGUGCCUAUUAUAUCUGGAGUUUUAUAUUCACAAACUUAUUUGGCAACGAUGAAGGUGUAUCCAGCUGGGAUUUUUUGGGUGACAAUUGUGUCUCAGGCGUUGGUUUUUGUGACUAUAAUCUUUAUUCACUUCAACAAACGUGACACGGACGUCCAAGGAGAAUUUUCUCAAAAUAAUGAUGCGAUGAUAGAAAAUUGUGUGGAUAAGUCAGAAAUUUUAGAAAAAUAAAUGAUUUGUUUUUAGAAUUUUUAACAAAAA